AUGACGGAGAUCAUCCUUGUAGCUUGUGUACGAAUUACGACUACGACUGUCGUUCCACCUCUGGAAGAUCACGGCGCAAUCUCGACCACUCGAACACCCAUCAACUCUGGCGUGGAUCCUGCCGCUGUGCAGGUGCCACGAGAAACCGACAGCACAGAUGCCACCACCACGGCUUUUCCGCAUAUUUUGGGCCAGACUCUCGACGGCGACAAGGCUCUUGACAUGGAAUCCCUAGCGGAUAACUUUGGCAUACGGGCAGAGGAAGCUUCGUACACUCACGCAUUACUGGGAGCAAUUAUCUCAGAAGCUAGCCUCAACUACUACUCAGCCUUCUACUUUCCGACAAUGGGAAUGAUAGGGGAUUUUGUGGACCACCAGAUCUACGCACUGCGAUGUCAGGCGCUUUAUCACCAUACAGGUAGGAGGCAGAUCAUGUUCGGAGCGGUGGCGGCUGGCAUUGCCGCGCUCGCAUCCUUUCUCUCGCCUCAAAAGUUCGCGCGUGAAUCUGACCUGGUCCAGUAUGCAAAAGCAGUUAUCGAGGAUCCGGUCUCCAUGAACAAGUCAGAUAUCGAUCAUUUGAUCGCAUGGGCGUUGCGAGUAUUGUACCUGAGGGCAACAACCCGCCCUAUCCACCCUUGGAUGGCGUCAUGUACGCUCAUGCAUCUUUGUGAAGCAGCUGGCUUGCACAACGACAAUAUCAUCAAGAAGAUGGCUAUCAGAUCCGAUCUGGCUGCCCAUGGAAAUAGUGCCGACAUGCUAAGGAGAAUCUUCUGGAUUGCUUUCCGGACGGUCACAACUCAAGCCACUAUGGCGACGAAUCACUCUCUCGCCGAUGAAUUCGUGCGGAUAGCUCAGAUCAUACCGUCGUCCAACUCUCCGUUCCAGCUCGAGCGUAAACCUUGCAGCUCACAAGAAGAUUUUACCGCGCGCCUGAAGGCCCUGGAGAACUUGCACGUUGCAGAUCCAUUUCUGUUGGUGACUAAAGCAGAUCUCGCUCUCUGUUUCUACCGCCGACUUCAUCUGCUGAAGACUGGCAUACCGGACGAAUGUUCUCGCAUCACUAUCAGCAUCGGCAACGCCGCCGUCCAGGCAGCUGAACAGCUUGCCAAGCAGGGUCUAUUUUUCUGGAAUGUCAUUGGGAGUGUCUUCCAAUACGCCUGCGUGCUCUUGGCCAUGGAGACAUCAGUAUCGUCCGCUCAUGUUGCUUCAGCCUUGCGAUGUCUGGACUACAUGGCGGAAGCGAGCGACACGAAAGCAGCGCGUGACGCACGAUCCAUGGUGCGACGGCUACUCGACCUGAGCGUUGCGAAGAAGAAGUAG